UAAAUUGGUCAAAUUUUUUCCUUGUUUGAUAAUCAUCAAAAUGAUGGCGGCCUCUCAAGCCAUGUUCUUUCCAGCUCCUCCUGAGACCUGCAGUUUUCGAGCUCAUCAUCAUAUAAAAAAUUGGUCGAAAAGGCUAGAAAAUGGUGGAGUCGACCCUAUAAAGGAAGAACUUAAAAGAAUGGCUCAAGAGGAGAAAGAAAACCAGUCUGAAGAAAAUCAAGAUGAGACAAUGGCAAGAACCGUCCGAAAGGAGAAUGUUUUUGAAGAUGAGCUAACUGAGGAAGAAAUGAAGAUAAUAGCUAUGCGAGUAGCGGAACAACGCAGAAGAUAUGAAGAAUUUGAAAAAAGAGAAAAUCGAAGGAAAAUAGAUAAGCUUCAAAGCUUGUUUCCGUAUUUGACCGACGAGGAGUGCUUGGAAUCUAUAGAAUUUUGCAAGGAAGAGAGAAGAUAUGACGAUACUAUUGCUAAUACCCCUGAAGACGAAGCUGCUUGUAAAUUCGCCACGGAUGGGUUUUGGCAUCUUAUAAGAAAGAGAAUUGCAAAGAAGCAUGAAGCAAAGCGAUCCUAUUCUAUGAAUGACUAUACAACUGAAACGCUUGGUGAUAGGAGUGGUUUAAAAAGGCAACGCAAGAGUCGAAAGUGCACUCAUGUGAGUUUUAGCGGAAUUCGAAUUGGGAAGAAGGAAGAUGGAAGACUUCGCUUAGAUGAUGCUUUGAAGAGGGUGAAAGAAUCUGGCUCUAUGGAUGGAUGGUCGGAAGCUCGAAUCAAAGCAUACCAAUCGAUCGAUGAAAAUCCUAAUGCUUACUAUUAUAGAUUCAAUGCACCGAAUGAAGAACAACGUUAUGGUGCUUGGACAAAGGAGGAAGAGAAAUUGUUCUUUGAAAGAUUGAAGGAAUGCAAAAUUGGUGAGAAUUAUGAAUGGGGAAUAUUUUCAAUUGGAAUUCCCGGAAGAGUUGGUUAUCAAUGCAGUAACUUUUAUCGAAGACUGUUGAAGGAAGGGCGAGUAAAAGAUGAUAAUUAUUAUUUUGAUGCAAAAGGAGAACCAAAAUUCAAAUUCAAGAGCUCAAAUAAGAUUCAAUUCGAAGAUAGUAGUACGACGGCUACAUCUCAGGCACCGAAACGACGUCGACAACACAAAAAAUCCAAUGCCAAGCAUAAGAAGAAAAAGAAAUGCUCUUGGGAAGAUAGCAGCGAUGAGGAUAACGAGAAUGAUACCGAAUGUAGUGAUGAUGAAGAAUAUCGACCAGGUUCACAUGGAACCCGAAGCAGACCACAGUUAAGAGCUGCUGACUCUGGUUCAGAAGGCUUAGUGAACUCUUCACAAAAUUUUUCUGAAACCAGUGAUCAAGAAGACAGUGUCUUUGCUGGCUAUGCAAGAGAUGGAGAUAAUCCAAUUCCGGAGUUUAUUGAUGCCAUUACUUUAGAACCUAUUCGUAGACCUGCAAUAUCACCUUAUGGACACGUCUUAGGCUACAGUACGUGGAAAAGAGCACUACAAAAUGAACCUAAGAAUACUUGUCCCUUUACUAAGAAACCUUUGCGUGUACAAGAUUUGGUGAUUUUAACCUGGGAAAACAUUGAACAAUAUCGGUCUUCUAUUGUACACUAGUCAUAGCAAUAGGGCAUUUUUGACCCGAAAAAGUACUUUGACUUUAUUUUCUCAAAGUCAUAGAAUAAAGAGUGAAGACAUUGGUCAUUGAUUGCAGUUGUUAUAUUGUAUCAUCACACCAUCAUGCAAAUUCUGAUGAAAUUAUCGAUGAUUAUCGCAACUUAAUAAGAGCUAGGAUACAUGCUGUAGGAGGAUGACAUGUAUGGCGAAGAAGAAUAACUGGGAUAGCUGCUUUUUCCAUAGCCAUUAUCGUAGUUAAUGGAAGCUACCUUGUAAUAGAAACCGUACUCCAUAUAACAUAGAAGACAAUCAAAGCAAUACUGAUAACAUUCAAUAUACCAUUCAGGAUAUUCAUAGUUGACAGGAUACGAAGAAGUUGUUUCUCCGUAUUGACUUGGAGAAUACGAAGGCAAAUAAGAUGAAGGCGAAUAGGUCGCUUGGUAACCUCGAGAAUACGCACUAUAGCUCAUGUAGGAACUAGAAGACUUCAUAGGACAGUAUUUUCCAAAGUUGUUACAAUAUAGCAUAUCCAAACCGAAUGGAUAGUAAAAAUGAUACUAGGAAU